CGCAUUCGGCGAUUUGCGUCGGUCGCGUCCGUUUCGUUGUGUCAGUUGCCGCUGCCCUCCGUCGCGAACAGCCGUGAAGUGUUGUGUUGUUGUUCCUGCCGUGUCCGGCCCGUCGGCGGAGCUCCUCCUGCGCCUCAGGAGACGCGUUGCACAACGCAAAAACCAACUCCGCAGCUAGCACCGCGUCCCGAUCUUCGCGCCAGCGCACCGAAAGAGUUAAUUACGUAAAUAAUCGUCGCGUAACGGUGAUGAUCGCGAUCGCCGCGUAAUCCUCGCGUACGUUAUCGCCACACGUGAGGCGGCUUGAAAUUCGGAAACUGCACUAGUGGCUUAAAUUGCAAAUCAAUCCGGAGUGCGCGACCCUUGUGGGACAAACAACGGAACGCAUGCAGAGAAGACAAAAAAACAGUUGAACGUCAGCGUUAACUACCCCUUUUCAAGAUUGAAACCGAAUGUAGCAGAACUAAUUAACGCCGACAACAUACACCAAGGAAUUGCAAAUGGUUCCUAUCACAUCAUGAGCAUAAUGGAUUUUAUUAUUUGAGCCUCGUUUCGACGCAUACGCACUAAUUUCCAAAAUGAAUCGCUAUAACUUGCAGACGCCUGUCGAGCCGCCGAGAGGCCGACCUGUCAGCGCGAUGGACGCCGCACGGGCGACCGACUUUUUUGAGUCCUUCCUCAACGCCAACACGCUCAAGACCAUCCUUGGAACCUAUCGAAGUAUUUGUGAGCUGCUGCAUCUGAAGCCGAAUGCGCUGCCUUUAUUCUACCCUAAACUGAAGGAGCAUUUGACUUCGUGGCGUGCCAAAGCGUUAUGGAAGAAGUUUGAUGCUAGGGCUAAUAAUAAAUGCUAUGGCAAGGGAAAGCUAUGUCCCAAUACGCGGGUGUUAAUUAUAGGUGCGGGACCUUGCGGAUUGCGUUCCGCCAUUGAGGCGCAAUUACUUGGAGCCAAAGUUGUUGUAGUAGAAAAACGUGAUAGAAUAUCAAGGAAUAAUGUACUUCACCUGUGGCCGUUUGUCAUUGAUGAUUUGCGUCUGCUCGGAGCAAAAAGUUUUGGGAAAUUCUGUGCCGGUGCAAUUGACCACAUCAGCAUCCGUCAGCUACAGUGUAUUCUCUUAAAGGUUGCUUUACUUCUUGGUGUGGAAAUUCAUACAGAAGUUAGUUUCGAGCAAUUGAUUGAACCAAACCCGGAAGAAAAAACAGGUUGGAAGGCAGAGUUCAAACCAACUGAACACCCCGUCAAUCAAUUCGAGUUUGACGUUGUGAUCGGCGCCGAUGGCAAGCGUAACACUUUACAAGGCUUUAAACGCAAAGAGUUCCGCGGAAAACUCGCGAUUGCAAUCACUGCAAACUUUAUCAACAAGCGCACUGAGGCAGAAGCACGCGUCGAGGAAAUCAGCGGCGUCGCGUUUAUUUUUAAUCAAAAGUUUUUCAAGGAUUUGUUCGCCGAGACCGGAAUUGAUUUAGAGAAUAUCGUUUACUACAAGGACGAUACACAUUAUUUUGUGAUGACGGCGAAGAAGCAGAGCUUGAUUGAUAAAGGUGUGAUCAAGCAGGAUCUGCAAGACACGGCGAGGUUGCUUGCGCACGAAAAUGUUGAUCGUAAUGCGCUUAUGAGUUAUGCGCGUGAGGCGGCCGAAUUCAGCACGAACUACAUGAUGCUGGAUCUGGAGUUUGCCGUCAAUCACUAUGGCCAGCCAGACGUGGCCAUGUUCGACUUUACCUCGAUGUACCAGGCGGAAAACGCGUCACGGAUUAUCGAACGGCAUGGUUAUAGGUUGCUAUCGAUUCUCGUCGGUGAUAGUUUAUUGGAGCCGUUUUGGCCGACUGGAUCGGGCUGUGCGCGCGGUUUCCUGUCUUCCUUGGACGCCGGCUGGGCGAUCCGUAGCUAUGGCUCGCACUCGGCAACGCCGCUGGAAGUUUUGGCGGAGCGCGAGUCUAUUUACAGACUACUUCCGCAAACAACGCCGGAGAACUUAAAUCGAGACUAUAAGAGCUACACGUUGGAUCCUUCGACGCGUUAUCCUAAUUUAAAUAGAAAUUUAUUAUUACCACAGCAAGUUUUGUCGUUGUUUGACACCGACGAUGUCAAGUCUAUCGAACUGAGUCGGACGCCGGUGCCGAGCAAUGUUAUAGAUAAUCCAAAUAAACGACGCAGAAGAGAUUCGCAUGUAGAUCCAGAUACACUUCUCUGUUGGAUACGAGAUCAAGUAAAGGAGCAUGAAGAUUUGGACGUUGCUAAUAUAACAACGUCAUUUAAAGAUGGCCGGGUCCUCUCCGCGAUUAUCAGUCAUUACCGGCCAGAUUUGCUCGACUAUAACAGUGUGACAAUUGAAGACGCAGUUGGGAAUAAUCAGGUCGCGUUUGAUUUGCUUGAGAAGGAGCUGGGUAUCACAGCUGUUAUGACUGGCGAGGAAAUGGUAGACGGGGACGUGCCGGAUUUCCGGAUGAUGGUUGCCUACUUGACGCAGAUUUAUGACACUUUCCGCGGCGAAAUUCCACAUAUUAAACACCCGAAACUGGAAUUACCCGAAUCGAGGCGACAUCAAGAUGCUGCAUUUACCAAAAACCACCCGGCUAUUAAACCAGCAAUUGCAACGUAUGCUGCCAUCUCGUCAGCUCCUACUCCGACCUCUCAUCAUCGUCCUGCCACAAGACACAGACGCCAUGUUGAUCUACCGGAAACAUCACCGAACGCAGCACCAAACCAUGACCGGAAACCACGAAAAAGGAGGUCGGCAGUGGAGAAGACCGAGAAGAUGCUUGUUGGUGGCGUGGAAGAACGAAUGAAGAGAUUGGAAGAAAUCGCUUCAAAUCGCAACGAGCGUCAUAGCAAGCGCCGCCAGCAGCGAAAGAUGCAAACUGAGCAGUUCAUUAAGAGCAUGCAAAUGUUGGCAGCGAAUUCAAUAAGCGAGAAUUCGGAGCCGUUCGAAGACUAUUCGAUUUUCUUGUAUCGCCAAACAGCGCCCAACUUUGAGGAUCGCGUCAAAGAUUUGGAGAAAAAGUUUACGUACAUACCAGAGAAUCGAGUGCCAGUGCAACUGCGAGGCGAAAAGGACGAAGAUUUCAAGGCGCGCAUCAAGGGUAUGGAAGACAAAGUCCACGACAGCUUUGUGACCGAGAAGAAGCCCAAAGAAUUACUGCGCGCUAUCGGGAAGAUUGAAAAUACUGAUUGGAAUAUCAAAGAGAUUGAAAAGAAGAUAAUUGAGAAUAAGAUGGGCAAGAACGUCAACAAGGAUAGAGAAAAAGUGCCCAAGUGGAGCAAGGAACAGUUUCAAGCGAGGCAAUUGAAGAUGGAGAAGCAGCACUUGGAGCGGCAGGAUAGCGCCGGCGAUAAGUAUGCCGAGAUAGAUAAGAACAUUAAACAAUUGGAUCAGCGCUUGAAGGAGGGCACUGUAAGAGAUUUAAAUCGCAAGAAAGUCGCGCAGAUUACAGAAAAACUGAAACCAAAGACAGAUGAAGUCAAACCCGUUCAAAAGAGCGCUUCAAAACCGGCGGUGGUACUACCAAACCAAGGGAAAUCUGAAACUUGUCACUUCUGUAACAAACGCGUGUAUUUAAUGGAACGUUUAUCGGCUGAGGGUAGAUUUUUCCACCGGGGAUGCUUCCGGUGUCAAUAUUGUCAUACCGCCCUCCGAUUGGGUUCUUAUAUGUUUGAUCGCGAUGGCAAAUACGGAUAUCGGUUUUAUUGUGCGCAACACUAUGGCCAGCCCGGUGAGAUUAAACAAACGAAGAUCGUCCGGAAAUCGUCGCAGAAACAGACUGAAAGAAGCCCCGAAAAGAAAUUCUUGACGGGUGUAGCUGGUGUUGAUUUAUUGGACAGAGUUAAUGUCAAAGUAGAUGACGGUGUUUCAGGUCAAACUCCUGAAAGAAUUGAAUUUGAUUUGUCUGCCGGUCAAGCAUCCUCUGAUCAUGAGGAGCCGCUCAGUCAAAUGGAUGAGGACGAAUGGACGGAUAGAAACUUCGGAGCGUCGACAGCAGAGUUGGGAAGUAGCGAUGAUGAUGAUUCGAGUUUCAGCGAAUCGGAUGAUGAUGACGACGACGCUUUUGAGGAAGCUUUAGAAGAGCCACCCACCAAAGAAGGCACUUUGAAAUUGUUGAAUACUUUGUGCAAGAAGCGAUUUUCACACAGGCAUCGCAACGAAUCAGAUUCUGAUAGUUACAGCAGUUCAGAUAGAUCGAGCUACUAUGAGAAUAGUAGCGGAGAUGAUGAUUCCGAUACUGCAACUGAAGGCGAAGAAGAAAUUCAGGCGCGUGAGCGGCGAAAAAUGGAAGUUCAAGUGAAACCACCCAUUGUACACACUGAUACUGGGACGGACACUGAGAUUGCGUCGGACGAUGAAACCUCGUCAUCUAGCGAGGUACAAAACUCUGCAACGGAAAUCUCAACAGAUUCUGAAUUUGCUCAAGAUGAUCCAACGCCGACGUGCGAAAUACCAUCGAUUGUCUUUAACGACAUGUUUGUGGCGAAGACGCGUGGGAGCAGCAAACUGUCGCCACCACAGAAGGUUCAAGUGAAGAGCGCUGAGAUUCAAAAACCCGUCGUAAAGACUGCAAGUACAACUUCUCCUAAAACGGGCAGGGAUAUCGAGCUGAAAUUUACUCCUCUUGUUCAAACACCUAUUCGAAAGCCUGUCGCACCUCUUUUGCUUCGGACGGAGGGCUAUGCAUUGAAUCGCACACAAAGCACGGGGGGUAUUGCUACUAAAGUAUCGCUAGAGCUGAAGAAGAAGUACCUCUUGGGUGAGAAUAAUCCCUCAACUGCCAUACAGAAAUCCGGCAGUGCCUCCACGCUUGACUCCAAGUUCAAAUCAUUUCAUUCGAACAUCUCCGACUGCCAGAAGUUGUUGAAGCCAAGUGCCGAGCCCAGCGCCAGUAUGCAAACAUUCUGUAACAAGUUAGAUGAACAUCGAACCUCGCCGAUUUCCCCAUUGGCUAUGUCACGUCCUAUUUUCAAAUUACCUGAGAAAGCCGUCACUACCACUCCCACAACGAAAACAACGAAGGAUGAAAUAAUCGAAGAGCAGCCCGAGGUAGCCGUUGUCCCGAACGAGUCCGAAGGCCGUCCGAGAAGCCCUGUUCAUGAAACAUCAAUUAUUGUGCCUCAAAUCGAUUGGAGCCAGCAAUCAAAAGAAAAGCAAUUGUCCAGUGAAGGUACCAGUGACACUACCAGUUCCACGGAUUCGGACGAAAAUCAAAUUCAAAAGUCUCCCAGCGUGAAAGCGUUUAAUAUUAAUCCCGACUCUGAGUCUAGUACGAAUAUUAAAGAUAAUAAUAAUGACAAUAUUCCUAUGGAUAGUCUGAAUUACAUUUCGUAUUCUAAGAUUGAGAGUCAACCGAGUUCAAUUCACGAUCCGCCGAAGUCGAUAUCCAGCGAAAAGAAGGCAUUGAACCAGCCGAAAACUUUACCCAAAAUGGAUGACGACCUUUUGUUGGCACAAGUUCAUAGUGUUCUGCACAAACCUAAACCGAAUAUUGUGGUAUCACAUCAACCACCUAAACCGGAAGAGAACACCGAGCGGAUAAUCAGUGGGCGGAGUACUCCUUCCCAUGAAUCGGGUGUUUAUCAGGUUACAGCUGCGUUGACUGAGACGGAACUUUCAGACUGGGCUCACGAUGGUAUGGUAUCGGAUGAUUUUGCCGAAUCUGACUACGAAGUCAAAGACCAGGAGAAACCCAAAGAUAAACCUAUAUUUGCAAAGAAAGCUACCAUUGUGGAAGCUGAAAAUCUGCAUGUUUUAAAGGCUGUGCGCAAGGAACCAGAAGAAGAGAAGUUUGAGUGCAUUAGUAACAUUUUAUGUCCAACCCUUGACAAUAUCGAAUUUAUGGACACUGGCAGCGAAAGCAGUGAAGAUGAAGAUGUCUCUCCAACUAAAAAUAAUGGCUACGUGCAAUUCCACGAUGAAGAUGAUAUUGCAGAAGAUUCUCUUUCGCCAGUUAUUAAUAUUGUGGAAGCUAAAAGUCCAAUGAUCAAAGCAACAUUAGAUGAAGAUUUUGAUGCCUUGUCGACAGUCGACUAAAACACUGGUUAUUGCAUCAUAGCUGACGGCAAUCAGGAUUCUUACGGUGGCGAAGUUAUUGACUUAAAACCUACAGAUCUUCAAGUUUUGAAAGAGAAACAAAACAUGUUUGACAACGAGGAGGAUAGUCUGAUAAUUAUAGAAAAGAGCACAACUGAUGACAACACCUGCAGCGAUUCCACAGUGAAGAAUGUGACGGAGAUAGCUCCCAGGGAACAACCGCCUGCACCACCAGCACCGGUCCUUGCAGAAAACAACAACACACUGGAUAAGAAACGCUUAGAAGAUAAGUUAGCACAAGUUAAGAGUGAAAUGAAGAUGAUCAGCGAACAACGCAAGGCUGCACAUAUUGAGGCAGAGAAUAUGCGCAAUAAUAUUGACUUUGUUCAACACUGCCAAAGGUUGCAAUCCAAAGUCGAUUUCGGUAAUGCCAAAGAUUCUAUUGAUAUACGUAAAGCUAGAAGGCAAAGUAAGUCGGGUAGUCCACCAAAACCUGACUUGAUUCAAGAGGAGAAGGAGAUUUCAAGCCCGAUUCGCAGCCGCAGGGAACAAAUUGAAAUGGAGCGGGAUUUGAAUAAGAAAUUAGUGCAAGAAAUGGUAAUGAACAAAAUGCGCGCAGAGAAUAAGUCGUUGGAAAGAAAGAGAAGGAAUCGCAAUUUCAGUCCAAAUUUGUCACCUAGUCGUCCUUAUGAGUUGACGAAAUCACCAACAACUGAUAUUGCAUCACACAUGCGUCAUCCCACGCCCGAUGUUUUACUCUCUACGAUUAAUAAAACUCCGAUUCAGAAGUCCGAGACUUUGGCCGAUUUUCAUUCGGAAAGAGUGACACCACGAACGAAAUAUACUCCACUUUCAUCGAACAAUAGCCGCCCACUUUCUGCAUUUGUGGCUGGAAGAAGUGAUAAUCUUAAAUUGACGGAAAAGUCAUUGCCGAAUUCGGAAGCUUUUAGUUUGCCUGAUAUUCAAAAGGCAAUUGAUGGUGAUUUUGUAACGCCAAAGGCUCCGCCACGGACCAAAAAUGAAGGAAAUCGAACGGUUGAGAAAUUGAAAGAAGAUGCGCGAGCACGUGCAAGAUUAUUAAGUGAUGAAGACUUAGGAUUGAGUCCAGAGGAAAAAUUAGCGCAACUUCGUAUGCGUUUAGCGCGGCGUGGUAAAGAGAACGACGAUAUUCAUCUACAAGGCAACAUUCAUCCGCUUGCUGUAAAUAGUGAACGACCCACGUCUUUAUUCUACAAGAACGACACUCUGAAUAAAAAGAAAAUUGCUUCUUUUCGGCGUUCUAAGAGCGGUGACGAUCAUUUAAACCUAAAAGUGAGCAGUCAACCAACUCGCGAACGCACUAAAUCUUUUGGAGAGGGCCAAAUUAAACUUUCACUCAGAUCUAGUGAAGGCUCGGAAGGAAAAUGCUUUAAAUCAGAUCCGAACCUACUGCUUGAUUCGGUCGAAGUGAACAAAAAGAAAGAAAAGAAAUCCAAGGACAGAGAACGUAGAAAGAGCAUCACUAAAUUAUUUACAGACUUUUUUGCUAAAAAGAAAGACUUCAACGUUACAUCGAGCCACAAUAAUAGUAACAAUAAAGGAUUUCUCUCAAGGAUCUCGCCGAAGACAAAGGAUAAAUCGAAGUCAUGCAUUGACCUACACCAAAAAGAUAGUGAGAUUUUAAAGGAAGAACCCGUGCGUCGAAUGAGCUACACAGAAACGCGGCGAUUUACACCUGGAAAUGUUUCACCACCGCCGAUUCCACCUUUACCUUUGAAUUACACCGGAGCCAAAUCUAUUGAUGAUAGUUCAGAUGGUGAAGGUGAAUGGAAGCGCAACGAUCGAAGCUCAUGUGAUACAUUGGAUCAAUCCGGAAUACAAGAAGGUUCGAUUUCUAGCCGAAGAAAUAGCAGUAGAAGCGCACGCAAAGCACGCCAAUCACAAUCAAAAAGACACCGAAUGGCUCAAGAAAUUCAACGCAAACUUGAAGAAACAGAUGUGAAGACGCGAGAAUUAGAAUUGCGAGGUGUGACGAUUGAGAAAACGUUGCGUGGCGAGUGCGAAUCGGCGAAUCAGGAUGAGACUGUCCUACUUAAGGAAUGGUUUGAUUUAAUGAAGGACAUUACGGAAUUGAGAAGGUACGAACGGGAAUUGAUGGUGCGCGCACAGGAAUUGGAACUUGAAGAUAGGCAUGCCAGGCUCCAACAUGAUCUUAAAGAACGUCUAAGCAACGAGCUUAAAAAAUCUGAAAAAGAUAUUGAGACUGAGAGCAGUAUUAUACAGGAAAUGUUGGACAUUGUCGCCAAAAGAGACUCACUCAUUGUUUUACUUGAAGAAGAACGAUUAAGGUAUAAAGAAGAAGACAGAACACUUGAAGAUCAAAUGCUUGCUAAGGGAAUUAACGUUGCUACAGUGAUGUCCUCUGCGACGGCAGCAGCUACGAAGUAGGAAUUGAUACCGCUAUACACACUUACUCUACCAGUACUUUAUAAAAGAAAUUCGAUGUAUAGGACGCCAUGGUUGGUAUUACUACAAGCAGGGUACUCAAAACAAUAGAUUUUUGUCGGUUUUGAACGGACACAGCGAGUUGAAUGAGCCACCUGAGCUUGUUUGUUUUAAACAAGUGACUAGCAUUCAGAAGUUUGUUUGCGUCCUGGCUUUGUAACACGUCAACGAGUGCUGAGUUUACUCCAGUGAUUUUGUGCACGUCCCAACUAUUCUAUUUUGCUUAAUUUAAUCAAUGAUUCACUUUUGUGUAAACUAGUCCUUAAUUGAUAUACAUGUUCAAGCGCGCGAUAUGCUAUUUUUACUAAUUGAUUGUGUUUGUAACAAACGGAACAAAACGAGCGGUCGAAAGAAGAGAAAACUGAAUUACAAGCUGUAAUAAGGUCUGAUGUGUAUUUUUGGAUAACGGAGUAUUUGUAAUUAUGUACAGAGUUAUUUUGUGAAUGCAGAUAUUAGUGUUUUUUUUUUUGUGAAUGAUAAAAAGUGAGACUAUAA